AUUCUUACCAAAUAGCUUGAUCACCAAGAGUUAAAAGGUUAGAAGCUGAGAAAGUAAUCAUAUGUUUAAAGACUCUGUAAGAUUCAUUAAGUCCAUGGGUAUGGGUGCUGACAUGUUAACUAAUAUCCCAGAUACCUUAACAAUUCUUUCUUCUGAUUAACAAGAAUGAUUCAUGAGUUUUUAUUUUGCUUUUCUUUCUUUGGUGGGGGGAGGCAGGGUCUGACUUUAACCUAGAUCUGUUCAAAUUCACAGCAGUCCUUGCUUCAGCAUCUGAGAUUCUAAGUGUGAGCUGCCACACACAGCAGUAAGAAGUAAUUCUUAAUCCUUAACAACAAUCUUGCAAAACGGCAUUAGCCACAUUUUAUAGUUUCGGAAACAAAUUCAAAGAGGUUAACUUGCUCAGAAUUCCAGGACUUACAAUGCAGAGUUGAGACCAGCAUAACUCACUGUCUCACUGUCCCUCAACGGUUUCUACUAACGAAGACGCUCAUCUCUGAGGACUUCAAAGUCCUCUUGGUCUAUAGAUGACUGUCCCACUCCAUUUCAAAUCUGGUCUAGGGCUCCAGACAGAGCUAUCAGUAUCAAGCUCAACUUCAUCUCUUGUGACUAAAUCAUAGCUUUGCUUUAAAAGAGUAGCUAGCAUGCCACCAAAGACCUUGAAACCAGUUCCAUGAAUAGUCACUAAAAACAUUUUCUUGGGUACAUAAUUAUCACAGAGCUCCCUGAAAAUUAUUCCUUUUCCUCUGGGUUUUGCCUUCUGAAUGUUUAUUUGAUCUUUACCACCAACACCACAUAAAUGCAUCAUCUUUCCAUGGUUGCAUUUACUGAGCAUCCUCCCAAAUGAAGCCGUCCUACUCCAAGCACUUUAAUUUAAAAAAAAAAAAAAGUAUGAGCUGGGCUUUAAGAGGAUGAGAAACACCUUGUUUAAAAAACAAAAAGUACAGAUUUCCAGAUCAAACAACUCAUACUUUGGCUUAAAAUACACUCUGGUUUAAAAAUCUGGAAUGUUGGUGUAAGGAGAUCAAAGGCACUUUCUUGGUGACUUACUUUUUUUGUUGUUGUUGAAGGUGGAGCAAAGGAAGGAAAUUGGACUGGAAUGUUGAAUUAUUUAGGUAAUUUACUAGGACUCAGCCUUAAUCAUUUCCAAAAUGCAGUAAGAAAAAAAAGUUUCAUUAAAAUUACUAUAAGUAUGCAUUUUUCAUGGAAAGUAUCUGAAAUUAAUCAAGUUCAAAAAAGCAAUUAAAAUGGGGCCUGAAAUCCCAAAUUAGUAAUCAUACUAUUUAGUCAGUGGGUACAAUAGAGCACACAGCAGGCUAAAUUUACUGAAGGUUUUUGUGUGUUUGCCACUAGGGACGAAACCCAGGUAUCCAAGCUAAGCAUGCACUCUAUCAGAGAGCAACAUCUCCAGCUCCAACAUUGCCAUCUGUGGCCCAAUAAAAAACUCCCCCACUUCUGGAAUUUCGUUCCUUUAGAAAGCAGUCUUGAGACUCCCUGGCGAACUUUGGACAAGUGUUUCAAAUAUCUUAAGUCUCAUCCCCACCCCCACCCCCUCAGGCUUGAGAAGUCACUAGGAGGAUUUUCUCCUUGGUUUACUCCACUGCUUUUGACCUAGGUGGAAAAGUCUACUUUGUGGGCUGGCUGGAAGGCUGGCCUGAGUUGUUCUCAAGUUACAGCCUUUCCUCCUCCCUCAGGAAGUAAAGUCCACUGGCCAGAGUGCCUAAACCACUCUGCCCUGCUGCUGGACUACAAUGCCUGCUUGUUUUCACCAAGCAGCGGAAUGAAAUUCCUUAGGAAAAAAAGUAAUAUUUUAGGAAAAGUAACUAUUUUUCCUCCAAAUUUCCUUGUCUAUAGAGGAUUCAUUUGCUGAACACAUCCUUAAAGUGAUCUUCCGUACGUAACAUACAGGAAGCCUCAUGAUGAAGAGGGAAGAAAAGGCCCCCCCUUACACUAAAACCCUGGAUGGAGGAUGGGGAUGGAUGAUCGUGUUGCAUUUCUUCCUGGUAAAUGUGUUUGUGAUGGGGAUGACCAAGACAUUUGCAAUUUUCUUUGUGGUCUUUCAAGAAGAGUUUGAAGGCACUUCAGAGCAAAUUGGUUGGAUUGGAUCCAUCAUGUCAUCACUCCGUUUUUGUGCAGGUCCCCUGGCUGCUAUUAUUUGUGACAUACUUGGAGAAAAAACUACUUCCAUUCUUGGGACUUUCCUUGUUUCUGGUGGCUAUCUGGUCAGCAACUGGGCCACAGGCAUUCCUUUUCUUUGUGUGACUAUGGGACUGUUACCAGGAUUGGGGUCUGCUUUCUUGUACCAAGUAGCUGCUGUGGUAAUUACCAAAUACUUCAAAAAACGAUUGGGUCUUUCAACAGCAAUUGCCCGUUCUGGAAUGGGACUGACGUUUCUAUUGGCACCCUUUACAAAAUUCCUGAUAGAUCUUUAUGACUGGACAGGUGCUCUUAUAUUAUUUGGAGCUAUUGCAUUGAAUUUGGUGCCUUCCAGCAUGCUCUUAAGACCCAUCCACAUCCAAACAGAGAACAAUUCUGAUAUUAAAAGCAAAGGGAGCAGUUUGUCUGUAACUGGACCAGAGGUAUCAGACAGGACUGAAACAUCAUACUGCAAUGAGACACAAGAGUCUUCCAUCCAAGGCAUUUCUACGGAGAAAUCUGGACCAUCUACAAAAAAUUUAACUGUCUUAGAAGAUCAAAGUGAAGAGUUCAGCAAUAGGCCUCACAAGAACAGACUGUUACUUAUGAGCGAUGACAAAAGUUACCAGAAAAAGUUGGUUUCAUGGAACUGUAAACAAAAUCUUUUAGAUAUUUCUCUCUUUAGAAAUCCUUUCUUCUACAUUUUUACCUGGUCUUUUCUCCUCAGUCAAUUAGCAUAUUUCAUUCCUACUUUUCACCUAGUAGCCAGAGCCAAAACACUUGGAAUUGACAUAAUGGAUGCCUCCUACCUUGUAUCUGUAGCUGGUAUCACUGAGACUGUCAGUCAGCUCAUUUCUGGAUGGAUUGCUGAUCAAAACUGGAUCAAGAAGUAUCAAUACCACAAGCUUUACCUCAUUCUGUGUGGUGUGACUAACCUGCUUGCUCCUUUGGCCACCACAUUCCCACUCCUUAUGGCCUACACCAUCUUUUUUGCCAUUUUUGCUGGUGGCUACCUGGCACUAAUACUCCCAGUACUGGUUGAUCUAUCUAAGAAUUCUAGAGUACACAAGUUUUUGGGAUAUGCCAGUUUCUUUGCUGGAAUGGCUGUCCUUUCUGGACCACCGAUAGCAGGCUGGAUAUAUGACUACACACAGACAUACACAGGCUCUUUCUACUUCUCUGGCACCUGCUAUCUCCUCUCUUCAGUCUCCCUGUUCUUUGUACCACUGGCUGAAAGAUGGAAAAGCAAACAGUCUGACCAUCAAAGGACUACAAUCAAGUAAGAGCUUAACAAAAGAAAAUCUAAACAAGCCACUGGAAACAAAAGCUUAGAAGAAAAGUCUUUGUAAAAAUGAGAAAGUAAGCCACAUAAUUAAGAUUCCUUCUUGCUUUAUUAAGCACUGUCAGGAAUGUCCAAUUGGUAGGAAGAGAAAUAGCAAUUUAAAUUGUUGGUACUUAAUCAAACAGGCUAAAAAUUGAAUCUGUUGAAGCAGCUACCUUACCUACUGAAUGAAAAUCAGAAUGUACUAUAAUAAAUAAAUCCAAACUUUCAUUUGUGCUAUGGUAAUAUGUGACAACUGUAAACUAUUUUUUAUUUGAAUAUAGUAAUCGGUUGACUAGAGCUCUAGAAUCUGAAUAAAGCCUACUUAGUGACAAGAAUGGUAUAUCCCCUCCACAACAAGGUUAUUGUUGUUUAUGGACUAUAAGUAAUCUUCAAUUAUUUGUCUCUUAAAUUUCCAGUGAACUGCUAACAAAAAUAAUACUUGAUAAAAUCUUUAUUUGAUGAUCAUUUGAAUGGUAUUACUGUCCACUUAAACAGUAUUAUUUUUUCACUACAUUUAAUUAUCUAAAAUAUUUCUAUUAAGCAUCUAGAUGACCCUUCAAGGCUGUAAGUUCCAUAUGGAAGUUGAAGAGGUGGUUUAGGAGGAAAUAUGUUUAAAUCAAAAGGUGGGUGCCAUAUAUGGUUAAUAAAUAAUGGUUCUUGCACUAAGCAUUUGCCUGUGAAUAAUGAA